UUCUCAAAACACCCAUAAAUCAAGAAGAAAAAUAAGAGAUUCUAAUCAAGGAAAAAGCCACACAUGAUAUCACAUGCCCGUCUUAUCCACUUUCUAAUUUCUAGUGUCUUGUUUCUUCACCAGAUUCCACCACCCAGCACUGCUACUCAGCAACAUCCAAGACACCAACCCAUCAAAUAUAGCCGUUUUUGUUACUCCCUUUCGAAAUAUCCCCACCAAAUCACCAUCCAAGCAGCCAGACAAGUUCUCUUUACAUGACUAUGGCAAAACCAGCCUUCUCCCUCCCCAUGCUCUUCCUUGCUGUACUGAUUAUGUCCUUCAGCUCAGGAGGAACUCUGAGGUUGGUGCAUGGACAGAGAACUUGGUGUGUUGCGAAACCUUCGUCGGAUGAUGCGACGUUGCUAGCCAACAUAAACUACGCCUGCUCUCAGGUGGACUGCACUGUGUUGCAAAAGGGUUGGCCAUGCUUCUACCCAGACAAUCUCAUGUCCCAUGCUUCUGUAGCUAUGAACCUCUAUUACCAGGGCAAGGGCAGGAAUCCCUGGAAUUGCAACUUCAAGAACUCAGCUCUGGUGGUCAUGACUGACCCAAGUUAUGGUAGCUGUGGUUACCUCUUUCAGUAGGAGUAAAAUCCACACUGCAUGUUUGCAAACAACUCCAAUGUGAUUCAGCUGCUUGUGUUUUCAACACCAUUUUCGUUUUGUAAAUGUGAUAAACUUAAGGAGCCCUUUAUAUAAGUUGAUUGUUAUUUGCAGA